UCCCCCUCUUUCAGCGAAGGGCGGGGUCAGGCUCGGAGCCCUCUUUAAGCGCCCCCCGCGCGCCCGCCCGCAAGCCAGCCGGGGCUGAGCGGCCGUCGGAGGGGGCAGAGAGCGCAAGGGUGGCCGGCAAGCGCAGCGCAGCGCAGCGUCGGGGAAAUGGAGGGUCCCUUUUACGACUACGACGAGGAGCCUCCGGGUAACUGGAGCGAGGCCUGGGGUCCCGGGGGCUGCCCCUGGGAAGAAGCGGAGACGGACUGGGAGCUCUCCUUCUCGUUGCUGCCCGUCCUCUACAUGUUGGUCUUCGUGUUGGGGUUGUCGGGCAACGGGCUGGUCAUUUUCACCGUCUGGCGCGGCCCGCCGGGCAAAAGGCGCUCGGCUGACGCUUACAUCGGCAACCUGGCGCUCGCCGACCUGGCUUUCGUGGUCACCUUGCCGCUUUGGGCGGCUUACACGGCGCUGCGCUUCCACUGGCCCUUCGGUUCGGCGCUGUGCAAGCUCAGCAGCUACCUGGUGCUGCUCAACAUGUUCGCUUCGGCUUUCUGCCUGGGCUGCCUGGGCUUCGAGCGGUACCUGGCCAUCGUGCACGCCCUGCCGCGCUCCGCCGGCCGGCUGCCAUCCUCUUCUUCUUCUUCGUCUUCCUCUUGCGCAUCCCCGAGGCCGCGCACCUGGACGCUGCUCUCGCUGGCCGCCGUGUGGCUCUUGGCCGGCUUGCUGGCCCUGCCGGCGCUGCUGUUGCGCCAGACGCGGCUGAGCCCUCGCGGCGGCAACGGCUCGGCGGUGGAAUGCGACAUGGAUUUCAGCGGUUUAGCCGGCAGCGCGGAAGAGGCAGCCCGCUGGCUGGCAGCUCUGAGCCUGGCCACGACGGCGCUGGGUUUCGUGGUGCCGCUGUUGUUGCUGACGCUUUGCUACUGCUGCAUCGGAGCCGCCGUCAGCCGCCACUUCCAACGGCGAGCCCGCAAAGAGGAAAACCGGCAGCGCCGGCGGCUUUUGCGCAUCAUCGUCACGCUAGUUGCCGUCUUCGCCUUGUGCUGGCUGCCUUUCCACCUGUUGAAGAGCCUCUACGUGCUGGCUUGGGUGGGCUUGCUGAGUUUGCCCUGCGCCUGGCUGGAUCUGAUCCUGCGCCUCCAUCCUUACGCUACCUGCCUGGCUUACGUCAACAGUUGCUUGAACCCCUUCCUCUACGCCUUCUUCGACGGCCGCUUCCGCGCCCAGUGCCUGGUCUUGCUCGGUUUGCGCCCGCCACGCCGCGGCCCCGCCGGCUCCGUCUCUUCCACGCUCAGCGGCCAGACGCAGAAGUCGGAGCUGCCAUCCUCGGGCACCAAGGUUUAGAGGAGGCUUGCGCUCUUCCCCGGCUUCAGGAUCGCUUGCGCGCCCGCCUUUCGAGAGACGGAGGAGGGGGUUUGGGCCGGGAUCGGCAAGCCGGCGCCCGCCUGGACCCAUCCCGUCUUGAGAACUUUUUUUCCUUUCCCUUCCGACUGGUUUUAACUCGCGACCCCGGGAACGCCACCGUUUCGGGGCAGGUCCUUGCGGUGGGCAACUCCCUUGUAAUCCCAAUAAAAGUUUUGUUUCUUCAGGGAAA